GUUCCCGCUGUAGCACGCCAGUCGUUUCGUAGCUCUCGUAGACCUCGGUCUACGCACCCCUACAAACAGCUGCUGUUUCAUGAUUGGUAUUCAAAUUUAGCAGUUUCAUUUUUAUGAAGUAGGUAAUAAUUAUUACCAGUAUUAAACUUUUUAAUGGUUCAAUUAAAUUAAUCGGUGUUAAAUUGGUUUAAAAUUGUGCUUGGAUUGGAUACUUCGCAACAGGUACAACGAUGAUCGUGUUCACAGUUUCGAUACGUCAGUCCAUACUGUACUUGAAAAUCAUGAAGUAGACAAAUAAAUAUAACUAAAGAUCUUUAAAAAUGGGUCGCAAAAUGCUGCGGUAUUAUUUGGCAGCUGUGCUACUUCAAGUGGUGGCCGCGACAAACAUUUCAUGCCCGACUGACGCCAAUUGUACUUGUGGCGGUACCUUGGCUAUCGAGCUUGAUUGCAAUAUCGAUGGAAGCGUUGUGAACAUAAAUCUAGUACCGGAGAUUUACAUCAAUGUCAAAUGCGAGAAUGCAACGGCACUCGAUUAUAGCAAACUACCGAGAUGUACAAAUAUAACUGAUUCAUUCCAAUCCGUUAGCUUCAAGGACUGUCCAUUACCGGAGACUUCUUUUAAAGAUGUUUUGGACAACAUGGGCGUCACUAAAACUAUGGCACUAAUCUUCCAGAAUGCCAAGAAUCUAUCGGGAUACUUAGAUCGAAAACAUUUCGCUGGAUUACAAGAUUUAACCAAACUAUUAUUGUCAAUUAACGGAGUUAUUCAUCUACCAGACGACGCUUUUGUUGACAUCAACAAACUUACUUGGUUGAACAUAAGAUCGAAAACUAUAUAUCUGUCUGAGGAGCUAUUUAAGCCCUUGGAAAGGCUGGAAACUUUAGAAAUUAGUCACAACCACAUGACUAAUAUAACUUCAAACUUGUUUUCUCAUCUAUCCUUCUUGAGGAAACUUUCGUUAUGGCAGAGUAAUGUUACCUGGUUUUCCCAGGACUUUUUCAACGGCGUAGACGUUCUCGAAGAAUUAGAUUUAAGUUCUAAUGGACUUAACAAACUUCCGGCGACAAUAUUUAAGCCGCUCAAGAAAUUAAAGAAACUCACUUUAUUUUCGAACAAAUUUUCAUCUUUACCGAAGAACUUAUUCAUCGGCAACAACGAACUGGAAACUGUAGUUAUUUUAAACAAUGAUGUUAAAUUAAGGGUACUGCCGGAACGUUUGUUUGGAAAUUUGCCCAAUUUGAAGCAGGUUUACGUUCAACGAAGCGGUAUCGAGGUCGUGCCACGCGACACGUUCAAGAACUCACCGGCAAUUACCAACAUAUCGUUAGCGUUCAACGAUUUAAAACGCCUCCCGGAGGAAGUGUUCAACAAUCAGAUCAAUUUAUUAAAUUUAGAUCUCAGUCACAACAAGAUCUUUGAUUUGGCAACGAGAACGUUUUCAACGUUGGUGCGACUCGAGAUAUUGAACUUGUGUAAUAAUCAACUUGUGUUUAUUGAUGGAUCACUAUUCUCUUCUUUGUUAAGCCUCAUCGACCUGAAUAUAGAGAAUAAUAAUUUAAAGAUUAUUACGUCGGACUUGUUUCGGAACAACAAACAGAGGAUGUCUAUUUCGUUGGCGAACAAUAAUCUUGACUUCGAGCAGACAGUGUACGCGAACAACUGUUUGUCUCUGGAACCGAGAUCGCCAUUUGCAAAUACUUACAACUUGAAGCUAUUGAAUCUGAGUCAUAACGCGUUCAGGAUCAGUUUCGUGGACUGGUGGAUUAAUGGUCAUGAAAUCGUUGAUGUCAGUCACAAUGCAAUUAAAACUCUCGUGGCUUACAAUGAGUAUUCGGAUUUAUACGAGGGUGUUACCAGAAAGCCACUCAAAGAACUGUGGGUUUUCAAUAAUCCCAUUCAAUGUGUUUGCAACAAUUACAUGUUCGUUGAUCUUCUUCAAGACGUAACAAACCGUAAGAUUAUGGAUGCACGCUUGUUCCGUUGCCCGAAAUGGCAAAUAACAUUCUGUAGUAUUCGUGUUCUAACAAUUUCGGCCAUUAUUUUGGGCUUGUGUGUGAUGUACGCGGUCAUCACCAUGGCGUAUUAUAUAUACAAGUGUCGAGCGUACGAGACUCUUAAGUGGAAGCUGUCUUUACUGUCGAAAAAGGGCAUACGGAUUAUCGAACAAGAAUUAAUAAUAAGAUACUCAGAAAAGGACGAAGAGUUUGUAAUGAAAGAGAUACUGCCGACCUUAAAGAAUGAGAAAAAUUUGAAAGUGUACACAAACGCGAUCAGGUGUCCCAGCGAUAUCAGCCCGGACAACCUGAAGACCUGCGUCAAGGAUGCUUACAAGUACACCACCUUAAUAGUUUUCUCCCCAAAUUAUUUGACGACAGCCUACAGCAACGUGGACAUCAAGAAAAUACACAGCGAAAUGUUGAAGGCUGAAUACACUGUGUACGUUUUUGUGGACAUCGGCCCAGAGAACUUCCUGUACGUUUUUCUGAAGAGCCAACGCGAUACGAACACAAUGGUGGUUUGGGGCGAAGCUAAUUUUUGGUUAAAGUUCCUGGUGACCUUGGCUCAAUACGACAUUACCUACCCUGAUCUUAACAAGAUUUCCGAUAAAAUAACUUUUGCCGAAGUCGAAGAGAAUGAUAAAAAGAAUUGUCACCUCUGUUACUUAGGGACUCACCGCUGCCACAGCUGCUGCUACGGUAUUAUUCUAGACCAGAGUCUAGUUUGAACUACCCAAAAUAUUCGAACAAACUUGUACUAGUGAGGUAAAGACUGAAAAUUCGGUAACUAUCAUCACAUAUAACCUGAGUUUUAGAUCAUACUUAAUAGUCGGAACGUAAUCUUGUCUUUUCUCUAUUUUCGUAAUUAAUUUUAAAGUAGCUGAAACCAACAUAAUAAGUUUUUUGGAUGCGUGUAUAAAAAUUAUGUAACCGGAUCUUUCGUGUAAGGACUAUACUAAAAAUGUGUACACAAGUGAAUUCAUGUUGAUUCUAUUAACCGUGGUAAAACCUAUACUCUUUUUGUGGACUUCGAAGAAGUAUAAGUUAUUGUGACGCCGCGGUAAUGCACUCGAUAUGCGGUUUUACUUUAGAUUUAAAAUUAUUAUACCGUGUACAUAGUUAUAAGUUCAUUGUCAAGUUUCAUGGAAACUCUUUGUUAUUGAUAAUUGUAAAUUGCAGCUUACAAUAAAGGACAAUUAUUAACG